AUUCGCUGCAUGCUGAGCGCAAAAGCCAAAGCUCUUCCAUAGGUUGGUUGGAGACUCUUGGGUUGGUAACCGUUGGUUACCUCGAAUCCAUGGGUGAUGUAAUAUCUCACAAUUGAACUCUUCGGCGAGAAGUUCGACAGCUGAUUAAAUUACAUCUCGGCUAUGGCUCGGUCACGGUUUUUCAGCGAACGCUGCAUAUUUCUACCAGUCAUCCUGAAAAUAUGACCUUAAAUUUUAUUCCCCCGAGUUCCCUACACAUCACGCCAUGUUCACCCAUCUACUGGUGUUGCUUUGUGCAUCCGUCUCCAUGAUCGCGACACCUGCUCCUGAACCCAGCGUUGUAAUCGUUGGCCAGAAUGUAGGAGGCUGCGCAUCGGGGUUCCCGACGUGUUGUGCUACUGUCAGCAAUGAUUAUAGUUCAGGUACGGGGUGUACGACAGUUCCCACUGUGAAUGCAUGUGGUAACUCAAUGACCGUACUCUGCUGCCAGGACGCCAGCACUGUGGAGAUGAUCGGAACAGCAGGGAAUUGCACUCGUUAGUUGUAAAGAUAUACCUGCUGUGUUUGUAAAAUUUCUGUACCGUGACACGGUUGCAUGCAGAUGAUUUGCAGAAUACCACCCACUAAGGCAACCGAUUUCUUUCUUU